UGAGUAGUAUACAUAUAUAUGAGGGUAGUAUUAAUUGCUUCUCUCUCAAGCUCUUCAUUCAUGGUGGAUUUCAGUAGUAUGUAUUCAAAUCUUGAGUUUUCAUCUGGUGGGUUUUCUUGACCUGGGGAAAAGAAGGAGAAUUUUUCCGUUUGAGUAUGAAGAAAAUUGUAACAUACAGAUUAAGUCCAAGUGAAGUGAAGAAGAGAAGAAGCGAGUGAUCUAUACCCUAAUUAUUUCAACAUCUUUUUUUUGGGUGGAAGAGUAGCAAGACGAAGAUGUAUGGAGAUUGUCAAGUUAUGUCAUCAAUGGGAGCAGGCAAUGUGGUGUCAGCAGAGAAUUUAUUCUCUUCCUCACCGAUCCAAAACACUAAUUUCAACUUCAUGCCGUUUAAUCCUUUCCCUUCCAUUGUCCCUAAAGAAGAGAAUGGAAUGCUGAUGAACAUGAGAGGGAAAGAAGAGAUAAUGGAGAGUGGAUCGGGUAGCGAACAAGUUGAAGAGAAAUCAGGCAAUGAGCAAGAAAGCACUGAUCAACAGCCUCCUAAGAAGAAACGUUAUCAUCGGCACACUGCUCGCCAGAUCCAAGAGAUGGAAGCUUUAUUUAAAGAAUGCCCGCACCCAGAUGAUAAGCAAAGAUUGAAACUAAGCCAAGAUCUCGGCCUUAAGCCACGCCAAGUCAAGUUUUGGUUCCAGAACAGACGAACCCAGAUGAAGGCACAACAAGACCGAGCAGAUAAUUUGAUACUUAGGGCAGAGAAUGAUUCGCUCAAGAAUGAGAAUUAUCGGCUACAAGCGGAGUUACGCAAUCUAGUGUGUCCUAACUGUGGAGGUCCAGCCAUGCUUGGAGGGUUUGAAGAACUUCGGCUUGAAAAUGCAAGACUUAGGGAAGAGUUAGAAAGAGUAUGCUGUAUUGCUUCCCGAUACAGCGGCCGGCCAAUCCAGCCAAUGGAACCAGCUCCGCCGAUGAUGCCUCCAUCUUUGGAAUUGGAUAUGAAUAUAUAUCCUAGGCAUUUCUCCGAGGCUCCUAACAUGGAACCAUGUCCCGGAAUGAUGUCAGUACCUAUGUUGCCGGAGACAUCUCCAUUCCCUGAGGGCGGAUUUGUCUUAAUGGAAGAGGAAAAAGCCCUUGCAAUAGAGCUCGCUGUGUCGUCCGUUGAUGAACUUCUCAGGAUGUGUCAGACAAACGAACCACUCUGGAUUGGAAAUGGUGAGAAUGGAAAAGAAUUGCUUAACCUAGAAGAGCAUGCUAGGAUGUUUCCAUGGCCGUUGAAUCUUAAGCAGCAUUCUAGCGAGUUCAGGACCGAGGCUUCCCGUGAUAGUGCUGUUGUUAUAAUGAAUAGCAUCACUCUGGUUGAUGCUUUCUUGGAUACUAAUAGAUGGAUGGAGCUGUUUCCUUCCAUUGUUGCUAGAGCAAAAACUGUUCAAGUUCUAUCAUCUGGAGUUUCGGGUGCAAGUGGCUCUCUUCACCUGAUGUAUGCAGAAUUGCAAGUAGUAUCUCCAUUGGUGCCGACCCGGGAGGCAUAUUUUCUUCGAUAUUGCCGACAAAAUGUAGAGGAGGGAAGCUGGGCAAUUGUAGAUUUCCCCAUAGAUAGCCUGCAUGAAAACAUGCAACAUUCAUUUCCUCUAUAUAGAAGAAGGCCCUCUGGCUGCCUAAUUCAGGAUAUGCCCAAUGGCUACUCAAGGGUUACAUGGGUAGAACAUGCAGAGAUAGAAGAGAAGCCUGUUCAUCAAAUUUUUAGCCAGUUGGUUUACAGCGGAAUGGCGUUCGGAGCUCAUCGAUGGUUAGCCAUCUUGCAGAGGCAAUGCGAGAGGGUUGCGAGUCUCAUGGCCCGAAAUAUCACUGAUCUUGGAGUGAUUCCUUCACCAGAAGCAAGAAAGAACUUGAUGAGACUAGCACAGAGAAUGAUUAGAACAUUCAGUGUGAAUAUGAGCUGCUGCAGCGGGCAGUCAUGGACAGCUCUAUCAGAAUCAGUGGAUGAUACUGUUAGAAUCACAACAAGAAAAAUCACAGAACCCGGCCAACCCAAUGGAGUAAUUCUAUGUGCUGUCUCUACUACUUGGCUCCCUUACCCUCACUACCAUGUCUUCGAUCUCCUCAGGGACGAACAACGCAGAUCUCAGUUGGAGGUUCUUUCUAAUGGAAGUGCUUUACACGAGGUGGCUCACAUUGCCAAUGGUUCUCAUCAGGGAAACUGCAUUUCUCUUCUUCGCAUUAAUGUAGCAAGCAAUUCAUCACAGCACGUAGAGCUGAUGCUGCAAGAAAGCUGCACCGACCAGUCCGGCAGCCUGGUUGUCUUCUCCAACGUAGAUGUGGAUUCGAUUCAACUGGCAAUGAGCGGGGAAGACCCAUCUUGCAUUCCCCUCCUACCUCUAGGUUUUUCAAUAAUCCCCGUCGAGACAAUCAAUUCUCCGGCCACCGUAGGUGACUCCAGCUCGUCACCGGAUCAGCAACAAAACUCGGCUGGCUGUUUACUCACUGUCGGUCUGCAAGCUCUCGCUAGUACAGUCCCAACAAGCAAGCUCAACCUCUCAAGCGUUACAGCCAUAAAUAACCAUCUCUGCAACACAUUGCACCAAAUAACUUCUGCUCUUAUUAGCUGUUGCCCUAACAAUACCGCUGCUGCUGCAGGCUCUGUCAGUGAGUCUGCUCCUGCUUCUGCGCCAGAUAAUUAGUAUUAAUUCUCCCCUUCAAUUAAAUUACCCCUCUGCAGGUUUCUCCUAACAUUUGCUUUUUUGCUACUUUGUUUUAAUUAACAAUGGGAAAGUUUAGGGUUUUGAACGUGAGGGUCAUGAGCAUUUAAAGGUAAAGUCAAAUGGGCAUGGUCCUACACAUCUAUAUAUAUAUACAUAUAUACAUAUAUAUGAAUAUGUGUAUAUGUAUAUGUGAGUAGUGAGUUGUGGGAAAGUAGGGAAGGGUAAAUAAGAGAGGUUUGGUUUUGUGUUGUGUAAAAGUAAUGGUAGUGGGGUAAGAUGUUAAUUAGGCGAUUUAGGGGAGUAUGAUUAAUUAAUGGUGGUGGGGAUGUAGAGGGAGUCAAGAGCGCACCAGAUGUGACCCAGAGUUGUUUUCGAUGGUGAUCAAGACCUAUAUGAUGGUGAUGAUGAUGAUGAUGAUGAUGAUGAUGAUAUAUAUAUAUAUAUAUAUAUAUAUGAUGAUGGUGCAUAUGUAUAAUAUGUAUGGCGUCUUGGUGAUGAUCAUCGUGGAGCAAUUAAAGGGUGGUUGGUUCGGGUAUUGACUUCCGCUUGUCGGCCUUUUUCUCUUUCAUUUAUUUUUGGAAUUUGAUGCUACUACUCUUGAAUUGUUAUUUUCCUAUCAUUAAUUAUACAUUUAUAUAUUCACUUGCCUC